AUGUCAGGAAACUUGUCUCUCUUGUCAAUAAGUCCCACAAGCAUUUGGGACAACUCCUCUCUGUUAAUCACCUCCCCUCCUGACUGGGAGUCGCCCACAUUCACUGUGGCUGCUCGCUUCCGCGUGGUGGCAACCAUGGUGCUCUUUGUCUUUGCCGCUAUCAGUAACCUUUCAGUACUGAUCAGUGUUACCAAGGGACGAGGACGUCACCUAGCCUCCCACCUGCGGCCUCUCAUCGCCAGCCUGGCCUCUGCUGACCUGGUCAUGACGUUUGUGGUUAUGCCACUUGAUGCUAUUUGGAAUAUUACAGUGCAGUGGUAUGCCGGUGAUGCUAUGUGCAAACUGCUCUGCUUCCUCAAGCUCUUUGCCAUGCACUCCACAGCAUUUAUCCUGGUAGUGGUGAGUUUGGACAGGCACCAUGCCAUUCUGCACCCGUUGGAAGCUCUGGAUGCUGGCCGCAGGAACAGGAGGAUGCUGCUGGCUGCUUGGAUCAUCAGCAUACUGCUUGCUUCUCCACAGUUGUUUAUUUUCAGGGCAAUUAAAGCUAAAGAAGUAGACUUUGUGCAGUGUGUUACACAUGGAAGCUUCCAGCAGCACUGGCAGGAGACAGCCUACAACAUGUUCCACUUUGUCACCCUCUAUGUGUUCCCUCUGCUUGUCAUGAGCUUCUGCUACACUCAAAUUCUGGUGGAAAUCAACCGCCAGAUGCCCCGUGGUAAAGGAAAAGGUGGGGAACCUUGUCUGAGAUGCAGUGGAAUGGACAUAAUCCCAAAAGCACGAAUGAAGACCCUAAAGAUGACCAUCAUUAUUGUGGCAUCCUUUGUUGUGUGCUGGACUCCCUACUACCUCCUUGGCAUCUGGUACUGGUUCCAGCCUCGUAUGCUGCAGGUGAUGCCUGAAUACGUCCAUCAUGCGCUCUUUGUCUUCGGCAACCUCAACACGUGCUGUGAUCCGGUCAUCUAUGGUUUCUUCACGCCUUCAUUCCGAGCAGACAUAACCAGCUGUUUUUGUAGAAGGACUCAUAAUUCUUCCCCUAAAUCAUUGGACAGACUCUCUGCAAGGAGAGGGGGGGCAAGUGGAGAAGCUGAGUCAGACCUCGGAAGUGGUGACCAGCCCUGUGGACAACAAUCAUAGAGGGCCAAUAUACCUCCAUGGAGCUAUGGAGUGACUACCAUUUAUAAUGUCAGGCAUAGACAGAUUUGCCUGUUUAUAGAAUUGAACCCUUUGGAUAUGAAUUAUAUAAGGGGACUUUCACUCUGUCCAGACUUCUGUAAAUACUGCUGAUGGUAUAAUUAUAAUCUGUGCAAGCAUGAUGUGUGUGCUUGAAUUCAGCUUUGAUCCACUUAAAGGGAUAGCUGACCCAGAAAUGAAAAUUCUGUAAUUCUGUGAAACCUGUGAUGACUGUAUUUCUUCCAUGGAACAUAAAAUGAAAAUGUUAGACCUCAGUCACACCAUUCACUUCCAACCUAUUCUCAUAGAAUGAACGUUACAAUAACUAGAUUUUUGCAAACUGAGUUUCCUGGUGAAAUGAACACUAGAGGCAUUACAACAAUUAUGCAUUUUAUUCACUUUCACACAAAUCAAGGGUACUAUGGCUGUUUAUGACUUUAGAAACACUUGACUUCAGUAUUUUUCGCUCUA